AUGUCUGACCUACUGAGCACUGUGAAAAUCCUGGCUGGAUCUACAGCAGAGAUUGCAGCUGCUUCAGUCGGUGAUCAGCACCUGGUGGCCACAGUAAGGUUGUCUGAGGAAAACAAUCCUGUGGAGACACUCAAUGGGCUGGAGGUUGCUGAUGUUAUAGCAGAGGUCCCAGCAGAAGUGCCUGAGGAAGCUGUGGUUGAGGAGGCAGUGAUGGGUAGACUGAAUCUGAAAACAGAAGGAAAAGAACUGGAGGAACUUCCAUCGCCACUUCAUGCAAUAGAAGAAACUGUUGUUGUGGCAGAGGACCAUGUCAAGUCUGAGGCAGACAGCCAUGUUGUGCCUGAAGUUAAUAUUGAAAGCCUUGGUUCAUCAGAGGAGGCCCUUGUUACAGAGAUGGAGAACAUUUUGGAAUUGGACGACUCAACAAGCCCUGUGGUGAUGCUCCCAGAAGAUGACACCGUCUCUGGAGCUGCAGAGUUGACAUCAGAAACAGUCGAGGAAGUAGGUCAGAAAAUGGACAAAUGUAAAGCGUUGUGUCAUGAGCCAACAGAAACAGAACAUGCAGAUCUCACAGCACCACCAGCAGACCUGGAGGAAUCAUUACAGUCUACAGGUGCAACAGAAGCUGCAGAAGUUAUUGUGAUGGUAAUGAUGCAGGAUGCUGUGGACAAAGAUAAACCUGUUGAGGCUUCAGAUGAAGCUGCUGAAAGUGGAAAUGUUGCAGCACAAGCCUGAAGUGAAUGUACCGCACCUGAGACACUGAAAACCAGUGAAACUAAACAAUCUGUGAUGUAAUACACCGAAGUUAACAUAUGUGACCCUGGACGACAAAACCAGUCUUAAGUGUCAAUUUUUCAAAAUUGAGAUUUAUACAUCACAUGAAAGCUGAAUAAAUAAGCUUUCCAUUGAUGUAUGGUUUGUUAGAAUCUGACAAUAUUUGGCCGAGAUACAACUAUUUGAAAAUCUGGAAUCUGAGGGUGCAAAAAAAUCUAAAUAUUGAGAAAAUCGCCUUUAAAGUUGUCCAAAUGAAGUUCUUAGCAAUGCAUAUUGCUAAUCAGAAAUUACGUUUUGAUACAUUUACGUUAAGAAAUUUACAAAAUAUCUUCAUAGAACAAGAUCUUUACUUAAUAUGCUAAUGAUUUUUGGCAUAAAAGAAAAAUGGAUAAUUUUGACCCAUACAAUGUAUUUUUGGCUAUUGCUACAAAUAUACCCCAGCGACUUAAGACUGGUUUUGUGGUCCAGGGUCACAUAUAUAGUGAUGCAGUUACAGUCAUAAAAAAGAUGGUAACACUUUACAAUAAGGUGUCAUUUGUUAACAUUACUUAAUGUAUUAAUUAACAUGAACAGACAAUGAACACUACAUUUAUUGCACUCUUUAUUAAUCUUUGUUAAUGUUAAUAAAAAUACAGUCGUUCAUUGUUUGUUCAUGUUAAUUCACAGUGCAUUAACUAAUGUUAACAAACACAACUUGCGAUUUUAAUAAUGCAUUAGUAAAUGCUGAAAUUAACAUUAACUAAGAUUAAUAAAUGCUGUAGAAGUAUUGUUCAUGCUUAGUUCAUGUUAACUAAUGUUGUUAACUAAUGAACCUUACUGUAAAGUGUUACCAAAAAUGAAAAGUGUUACCAAAAGUGUUUUUUCCAAAUGAAUGCAAAUUUAGUGAAUUACAAUGAUCUCCUUAAUUUUGUUAUUUCAUCUGAAAAUAGAUAUUUGUGAGAUUUAGUCAGUUGAAACAGUUUUGAGUUUAAUUGAUCUAAUUUUGAAAAUAGUGAUCUGUGUCACUGUAUUAUGCUGAAAUAUCAAAGGUUUUGUGGGCACAUUCAUGUUGUUAGAUUGCUUUUUAUUUUAAAAGUGACAAGAUAAAAUUAGAAUUAGGGCAGAAGGUCCCAACCAUUAUAUGAAAUUUAAAUUAAUCACACCGAUCUUAAUUAUUUUUAUUAUUUUUUUAUGUAUAGGUGUGCAUUUUAGACAUCUUCUAUAUAUAGGCUAAUUAAGUGAACAGAUUUUAAUUUAAUUUGAAUUAAAUUUAAAAUUCAUAGUGUUGCUAUUAUGAUGUAGCCUAUCUUAAAUUAAAAUAUGUCAAGUAGAUAUGUAAGUUGUAGCAUAAAUUUACCUUUCAUAACCUUUCAUAAUUAUCAUACUGGGAUUCUACUUUAUCUGUAAUUGGUUAAUUAUUUAGCUAAACUGUCAAAGCACAAUUUUAAAUAGAAUAGUAUUUUAUAAAGACACACACACACACACACAGAUUAGUAUGCUUGAGUUUAUUAUGUGAUUGUGUGUUCUGAAUGAGAACAUGAUUAAACUAUUGAGUAUUGCAGAUAAUGUGUGUAAAAAAAAAAGUUAAUUAUUUUAAAUACAUCUUUGUUUCAAGAAUUGCAUGAGCUGUUUUGGAAAUUAAACCAAAUGAAUUAGUGUGUUAGUGCUUUUUUUAUAUAUAUAGUGUUAGCACUAGUGUGAAAUGAAUCUCCACUAUGUGCAUUCACCAGUUC